GGCGGUCUCCCAAGGACCCAGGCGUCGGAGCUCCCAGCCCUUCCGCCCCCUUCAGCCAAUGGCAGGGCCCGGGCCUACCGUGCCAUUCAAACGGAGCCCUGCAGCCCCCAGCUGGCGGGCUUGCAAACCGCGCGCCUAGACCGGAGCCCAGCUGGAAGAGACCAGGGCGCUGGGGAUCCUGAACUGUAAGACUCUGCUCACCACCAUCUCCGAUGUUUCUGUAAGCAUCCACUCUUAAAAGGCUGUGAGGAUACUUCUUUUGGAUCAGAGAUCCCCUUAUGCCAGCUGUUCUGAGUAACUGAAGCCAAUUCCCAGAGGCAAAAGACCCCUUCUGGACCUUGGUAGCCAUGCCCCCGAAUAAGGACACCCCAGGUUGCUUUGGCUCUCCUCCGAGUCUCAUCUGCUUGCCACCUAUCUCUGAAGACCUCCAGCUGGUCUGGACGCAAGCGGCGCAGACGAGUGAACUUGAUGGCAACCAGCACCUGCUGCAGACUUUCAGCUACUUCCCGUACCCCAGCCUUUCUGACCUGGCCUUGCUCUGCUUGCAUCACGGGCUGCACAUGGAGAAGGUCAAGGCCUGGUUCAUGGCCCAGCGGCUACGCUGCGGCAUCAGCUGGAGCGCCGAAGAGAUUGAAGAGACUCGGGCUCGCCUCAUCUACCAUCAGGACCAGCUGCACUUCAGUUGCCUGCUUGCUGAGAAUGAUGGUGACUCCUGUCAUCAGUCUUAUAAAAACCAGGAAUACCACCAGUUAGCACCUGUCCCUCUGCAUCAUCCCGUUAAAUAUCAGGAGAGCCAGCAACAUAAUGUCACUUUCUCGAGCCAUUACAGCACAGCCCAGAGAACCAGGGAACUUGGGAGAAUCAAUCAGGACUUCUGGGAACAGAAGGGAAAUGGCUUUUCACACCCUAGCAAAGCUCAGGAGAACUGUGAAUCCGCUUUUCAUUAUAAUACCAAAGAGACCCUUUCCAGCGCUUACCUACCUACCACAACCACUAGUUUGGAUUACAAAUUCCGAAACUCUCACACGAUGGCCUGGGAUCCUCUCCAGAGCCACCCGAACCGAUCCUCUCCAGAGCCACCCGAACCGAUCAUCACAUCAGCCGUGAACGGCAAAUAUCACCCAGCGAUUUCUCCAGCCCGCUCUUCUAGCAAAGCUUCCUUGUCCUCUACGGCCACUGCCGUGGAAUCGUGCAACCCGCAAAACUAUCAGCGCCCUGCGCACGACCAGCAGCAAGUUUCGGGCUGCCUCUCGGAUAAUUUGCGCAAGCCUAGGCGAAAGACAAAGGAGCAGUUGGACAUGUUGAAAUCCUUCUUUCUGCGCUGCCAAUGGGCAAGGCGGGAGGAUUACGACCACUUGGAGCACGUCACUGGGCUGCCGCGGGCUGAGAUCAUCCAGUGGUUUGGGGACACCCGCUAUGCUCUCAAACACGGUCAACUGAGAUGGUUUAGGGACAACGCAGGACAGAGCUCAGAGCCUGCCAGCUCACUGCCUCCUCAGCCUAGUCAGGCUAGUCAUCCGGACACAAGACUGUUGGAGCAGUACUGGGCAGCCCAUACACAGUGGCAGGAUAAUGACUUGCCGCUGCUUUGUCAGGAAUCGGGUCGCUCACAUUCACCAGCACCGUAUGAAGUGGAAGUAUGUUUAGAGGAGGAGGAAGAUGAGGAGAUGAGAGCAGCUAUGUUAAAAGAUGAAGAUGAAGACUAUGAAGAAGAAGAGGAGGAGGAGGAAGAGGAGGAGGAGGAAGAGGACAAUGACGAGGAAUGGACUGUGUAGCAUACAGUGUGGACGUUAGAGAUGAUGGGUUUCUGGGAUGGCUUUGAGGGAGGGGAGAAGCUGUUUAGAGCUAGGUCCUACCCUGUCAGGUUUUUGCCAUUUGCCCUUACUCCAAAAUAUAAAAUUGGGCCCUCUGGAUGCUCUA